AUGUGUGCAUCUCGUAUUUGGCCUAUUCCACCAGGUGCUAAACAACAUAAACUAGCUUUGGUGAUUGGUAACACUAUCUAUGAAAGUGGCAACAGCUUGAGGAAUCCAGUUCAUGAUGCAAAUGAUAUGACCACAGCACUAGAAUCAAUUGGAUUCAAAGUUAUGAAAGGACUUGAUCUGAAGUAUAAUGAUAUGAAAUCUCAACUAGCGGAAUUCGUUCGGAGAAUUGAAAAGUACGAUUUGGUUUUAUUCUUUUUUUCUGGACAUGGUACACAGUCGGAGGUAAGCUGA